GUGUUCAUUUACGACACACGGAAAUCAAGCCACAUCCGCGGUACACACGUGAGGGAAGAUAGGCUCGAAGUAUUUUUAUCGGUUUAUUUCGCUUCCUUUUGCGUUAAGUCUUCCUAUAGGGAUGCUCUACCUGAUCGGUUUGGGUCUUGGAGACGCCACCGAUAUCACAGUGAAAGGUCUGCGGGCCCUGAGGAACUGCUCCCGGGUCUACUUGGAGGCCUACACCUCCAUGCUGACUGUGGGCAAGGAAGCUUUGGAGGAGUACUAUGGGAAGGAACUCAUCCUGGCUGACAGGGAUCUGGUGGAGCAGGAAGCUGAUGAGAUCCUGAGGGACGCCAACAAGACAGAUGUCGCCUUCCUAGUGGUGGGAGACCCCUUUGGCGCUACCACUCACAGUGACCUUGUCCUUAGAGCAGUGCAUGCUGGAGUACCAUACCAGGUCAUCCACAAUGCCUCCAUCAUGAAUGCAAUUGGCUGCUGUGGCCUGCAGCUGUACAACUUUGGGGAGACGGUCUCUGUGGUCUUCUGGACAGACACAUGGAGACCAGAAAGCUUCUACGACAAAAUCUGUAAAAACAGAUCAGCUGGACUGCACACGCUCUGUUUGCUGGAUCUUAAAGUCAAAGAACAGUCAGUGGAGAACAUGAUGAGAGGGAAAAAGAUCUACGAGCCUCCUAGCUUCAUGAGUGUGUCACAGGCGGCUGAUCAGCUGGUUCAAAUUGUGGAGAGGAGGCGGGAGCAAGGGGAGGAGCUAGGUGUGACAGAGGACACCGUAUGCGUGGGCGUAGCUCGGCUUGGCGCUGAUGACCAGAAAAUUUGCACGGCCACGUUGGCGCAACUGGUGUCAUGUGACCUCGGUGCGCCACUCCAUUCGUUGAUUGUCCCUGGCAAACUCCACCCCUUGGAGGUGGAUAUGUUGCGUCUCCAUGCUCACCCCGACGCCUUGCGGCACCUGGCCAUUGUGGACAGCUCAUAGGACACGCACACACACGAGAAGCAGCUGCCUGGAGCAAAGUGAUCAUGUGACAUCAUUUAUGUCCUGCUUAAACAUGAAGUGAGCAAAAGAACCUCAAGAAAAAAAUAAAGCAUUUUUUUAAUACAACUCUUAGA